GAAGGUGAAGGAUUGAUGCAUACAUAUGCUUUAUUUGAUUUGUGGUUACCACAAAGUCGAUAUGUUCAAGAAAAAAUUCAUCAAUGGACUCGAGAACAAUUGUUAAUUGGAAUGCAAUCAAUGUCGAAAUUAAAUGCAAUUACAACAAAUCAAGGGUGUAUUUAG